AUGAAGAACUCAAUCGGCUACUCUGACAAAGGUGACCUCGCGAGUGAUCCUGAUGAUAGGAAAAGCACUGGAGGAAUGGCAUUCUAUGUUAACAAUAAUCUUGAUUUUGGCUCUCAUGUUGUUGUAGGGAAGUGGUACACCCCUUUCAUCUUCAUCAAAGAAGGUGAUAGGUUGAAAGAUCGAAUGAAGAAGUCUAUGUAUUAUGAGGUUACUCUUGAGCAAUUUUGGGAAGAGAUAUAUAGUUGUACCUUGUAUGGAGAAAUAAAAGUGCACGUUAGUGUAAGUGUGAGAAGGGAAAUGGCACUUUUGAAUGGGAAUGAAGUUGUAGAAGAUGAUGGUAAUGUGGUUGAUAAGUUCAUUUGGUUCAAGGGUGUGAACUCAAGGGAGAUUGGGUUAGGUUUGAGCAAGGUUGUGUGGGAGAGGAUGAGAUGGGAGGAGAAUAGAUUGGGCUGGGUCAUGAGUGGUGGGGAGAAUAAAGUUGAGAAGGUUGAUAGGGUUGAGGUGUUUGAAGGUGAUGUGUGGAAGAGGUUUUCUUGUUAUGUUUUAAUUGAGAGAUUUGCUUUCAAGAGGAUGGAUGGUAGUUUGGCUUUCACAUAUGAUUUCAAGCAUGUUGAUAAAAUUAGAGUUAAGUGGGAGCAUUAG